GAGGUGAGCGCGAGCCGGUGGGGUUGCUCGAAUCCCCGCGGCUCUGCCGCCUCUCUUUGUACACUUAGGCUUGUACACUUAGCCCGGGACAGUUGAGGGUCACUCCGCGGAGCUGGGAGUUCAGCGCGGGGCGGAGGGGGUGGCCAGGACGCCAGGUCCUGGGUCCUUCCAGGCCCCGCGGGCUCUGAGGGAGCUGGGGGUGGAGGAGAGGGUGUCAGCCCGCGGAUCCCCGUCGCACCCAGGACUGCGGGGGCUAGGGAUUGGGGGGGGGUAUGUGGGGGAGCCUGCCUUUUUUCGUCAAGGGUGGGGUUGCCCGUGGGGAGCCCCUCUGCGCCACCGCCCCUCCGCCCCCGCUCCAGCAACUCUUUUGGAUGCCGAACCAAGUCCGGGGGGCCUCCUGGCGGCCAGCUUCCCUUUCGGCCCCUCAUUCUGUGCUCCCUCUCCUCCCGAGCUGGAUCUACCCAGGGAAGGCUCUUCAGUCCAGUCAUGCCAAAGAGGAAAGUGACCUUCCAAGGUGUGGGAGAUGAGGAUGAUGAGGAUGAAAUCAGUGUUCCCAAGAAGAAGCCAGUGGAUCCUGUGGCUGGGGCAGGGGGUCCUGGGAGCCGCUUCAAAGGCAAACACUCUUUGGACAGUGAUGAGGAGGAUGAUGAUGAAGAGGAGGGGUCCAGCAAAUAUGAUAUCUUGGCCUCGGAGGAUGUGGAAGGUCAGGAAGCAGCCACGCUCCCCAGUGAGGGAGGUGUGCGGAUCACACCCUUCAACCUGCAGGAGGAGAUGGAGGAAGGCCACUUUGAUGCUGAUGGCAACUACUUCCUGAACCGGGAUGCUCAGAUCCGAGACAGCUGGCUAGACAACAUUGACUGGGUGAAAAUCAGGGAGCGGCCACCUGAUCAGCACCCACCGUCCGACUCAGAGGAAGAGGACAGCCUGGGCCAGACACCAAUGAGUGCCCAAGCCCUUCUGGAGGGCCUUCUGGAGCUGCUGUUGCCAAGAGAGACCGUAGCUGGCGCACUGAGGCGUCUGGGGGCCAGAGGAGGAGGCAAAGGGGGCAGCAAAGGGGGUGGGCGGCCCAGUUCCCCCCAGCGCUUGGAUCGGCUCUCUGGGUUGGCCGACCAGAUGGUGGCCCGGGGCAACCUUGGCGUGUAUCAGGAGACAAGGGAACGAUUAGCCAUGCGGCUGAAGGGGUUGGGGUCCCGGACCCAGGGACCCCCUGAGCCCACACCCCCUCCCUCUCUGGACAUGUUUGCUGAAGAAGUGGCAGAGGGGGAGCUGGAGACCCCAACUCCUACGCAGAAGGGAGAAGCAGAGUUGCCAGGAGAUGGUCUGGUGGACGUGAUGUGGGAAUAUAAGUGGGAGAACACAGGGGAUGCUGAGCUGUAUGGGCCCUUCACCAGCACCCAGAUGCAGACCUGGGUGAACGAAGGCUACUUCGCAGAUGGUGUUUAUUGCCGGAAGCUGGACCCUCCUGGUGGACAGUUCUACAACUCCAAACGCAUUGACUUUGACCUCUAUACCUGAGCCUGCUGAGGGCCCGGUUUGGUGGCCCUUUCUUUCCUGAACUCUCUGGAAGAGGCCCCAGCUGCCUCAGGCAGUGAGGACUUGAGGGGCCACUUUUCAGUCAAUUUCCCUUUCCCAAUAAAAGCCUUUGGUUACAUAUUAGGGCCUUGGCUGUGCUGAUGGCCAGAAGCCAAGGACCCCUUUGGACUCGC